UCCACUGAUAUCAGUACCUCUGUAUUCAAGUUCAUCCAUGUUAGGGAACAUGGCUUGUGGCCCAAUGGGAUUUUGUGCGGUACCAUCGAUUUGGAAACAGGUGCGUUCGUUGAGUACUUCCUCGGUGGUUACAGGAACGAUUUUGUAUUGAACACCGUUUCCAUUUCCUAAUUGGUAGUACUUAACGCUACCGCCGUAGAAAUCGAUACGGGAAGCGUUUCGGCUACUAUCAUACCUAAAAACAUCACAAUUUGCAUUUCUUGCAUCCACGUUCUCCAAUUAGUACCUACCACAUGUCGAAAAAUUCUUUAAUUUCCGUGUCCGGAUAAUGGAUCAUACCAUUGAUGAGGUACUUCUCCGACCAUACGGGCUUCACAGGAUCGUCGCAGGACACUAAAAAAAAGCACACACACACACAACGAACCCAUCAAUAAAAAUUCCCUUUACAACAACUCAAAUUAUUUACCUGCCACGAUCACGUGCAACAAACACACCACAGCUAUUUUCGUCGAGAACAUGUUGGUUUUGCCGCGGAAAAAUAACGACAAGACUCCCGAAAACGCGACGCGCUUUUAAAGACAAAUGUUAUCUCACUCUUUAAAUUACCUGCUAGAUUACAUAGUAAUGAAUGUUAACUUGUUGUCGUUAAUGAAGUUUAUUGGUUAAAUCACAAUAUUGGCAUGUUAAUUAAAGAUAAUAAAAAUAAGAUAACAAUAAGAUUUAUCUCCAAAACUCUUUUCAUGAUGAAGACUAUGAGCACCUUCAAGCCUGCCUAAUUAUAUCGUUUGAAAUCCUGCAGAAGAAAUUUCUGAUAGGUACCGAUAACAAUACAAGUUACUACAUAUUCUUCUUACUAUAUGGAAUUUGUAUAUUAUUGGACCUAAGAAGGUCCUUUAAGCUUCAACAUUUACAAAAAAGAAAUCCUGAUAACGAUAACAAUACAACAGAAAAAGUUUUCCGCUUCCUACCACAUGAUAUUCGUCUAUUGAAGCACCUAAGAAGGUCCCUUAAACUUCUCUAGUUAGAAACCCUGCAGAAGAAAUUCCUGAUAACGAUAAUAAUACAACAGAGGAAGUUUCUCAUUUCCUAUAACAUGGUACUCGUAUUUUAUAGCACCUACGAAUGUCUUUUAAGCUUCCCUAGAUAGAAUUCCUGCAGAAAUAAUAGCUGAUAACGAUAACAAUACAGCUUAGAAAGUUUCCCGCUUCCAACUACAUGGUACUCGCAUACUACAGCACCUAUGAAAGUACUUUUAGCUUCCGUGGUAAAUCCUACAGAGGAAAAUCCUGAUACAACAAACAGUACAACAUAGAAAGUUUGCUUCGUGCUAUUCGUUCACAGCAGCACUCAUGAAGGUUCUUUAAGCUACCCCAAUUAGACAUCUGCAGAGGAAAUCCCUGAUACCGAUAACGACACACCAUAUAUCCCUCUGCAUCCAGUUACACAACCAUCCGACCCAGACGGGUCGUUUGUUGGGUCGCUUGUUGGGUCGCAGGCGAUCCUCCGGAGCCGGAAUGUUUACCGCGAGACGCGAACAAACACGUACGGAACGGGUGUUCGGUUCUUGCGGGCCGAUAUGUCAGCCGCUUUCUACCUUGGAGCGGUUCGCGAAACAGGUGACUGAGAAAUCAUUCUUCGACGACGGUUACCGCACUCAGUCACUUCUUGGACCUGCAUCGGUCGAUUCCUCGAGCGCGCUACAAGAGGUUCUUCGCAUAUACACUAGCGGUACCGCAGGAAGCGGGAUUCGGGAAGCGGGAAGCGAGCUGCUGGGCGCCGGGGGUUCCGGUUUAUAUUUAUAUCGAUUGGAUUUGGUUCCUUUUUUUUGUAAAUUCGUUUGUUGGAAUAUGCGACCGGUGUGAAUGUGUGCUAAAUUGGAUUAAUAACGAGGCAAACGCUGCGGACCAGGAUGAAUUGCUUAUUGGGUUUCGUUUUGAUUUUAUUAGUGGAUUCGUUUGAAGGUCAACAAUAUAAUAUUCAGGAGACGCCUAGAUUGAAGCAAUUCGACGACAAAGAUGUGACCACUGUACUGCUGGUGGAUAGUCGCGGGAGAUCAUCCUUCGGACGGUACCAAAACGUUAAACCCGAUAUCGGUCUCAUUACCUCCACGGCUCGUACUUUCAUACAGGAUGGCAUCACGACCGAGUACGCCACCCAGGUGCUCGGUACCACCCUGGAUAACGGCCGUUUGUACGCCCAUUUGUUAUCGAAAAGCUCCAGGGUGCUGUACGAUGACGGCAGUCAAUCGAAAAGCUACGAGAGUAAUAAUAAUAAUAAGAAAUGGAACGUAAAAGAGAGCUCGUUGAACACCAAACCGUUCAUAAACAGCAUCGAUUUCGUUUUGCCUAACGUGUUAGUCGACGAGAAGAAAGAAGAAUCUGGAAAUGUCCAGCAAGUAACACCGAAAUCGCAGGAGGAGGAAAUAUUGAAAGAAGAAUCCUCGAAUAAUUUCAGAGUGCCGUAUGAUAAUGUAAAAGUGUUUAAAAUCACUCCGGAGGUGGCGGACUUAACGCAGGAGAACGUUAUAAUUCACAAAGAAUCCAAGGAGAAAUUUAUUCCUUCUAAAGUUCGUCCUUGGGAUGAACUGCCUACGUUUACGGUCAGGAACGAAUUUUCUCCAUCGGGAUUGUCCUUUUUGGGGGACAUACCGGAGUUUGAACAACGCACCGAGAGAUCCAAAUUAACGACUCCUGCGGAACGCAAAGCUAAGUUCCUGCUCAAGGCCGGUUUAACCAAGCCAAACGCACGUGAAUUAACUUCUAUUACUUACACGGGUUUCGCAGAUUUCACCACGACAGUAGGAGAUACCGUGAUAAUAUUCUCACCUCAUACAACACAACCAGUGAAUAUGGUUAAGGAGAGCAAACGACUACCUAAAAUCGAAAGCACCAUUAACCCCACGACAACUUUAUUAGAACCACCAUUGAUGACUAAAGUUCUAACUUAUUUAUCUCAGGAACCGCCGAUGGAAACCAAAACGUUCAAAGGUCCCGAUUUGGACAUGAAAACUACUAUAGCCACCAUGGUUAUAGACAAAACCGAUAGAAUUAGAGAUCCCAAAAGCCAGUUAGCCGAUGAAAAGGUUAACAUGGACGCCAAAUCGGCAGUUCUCGCCCACGAGCAAGGCCAAGAAACCGUAACAUUUUCACCUGAUGUUAUACAAGCUUCAGAAACCCAAAUCCCAAUGUUGUCCACACCGUCUGACGAAGAUAUCGCCAAAAUAUUCGCUUCCCUUAAAGCGCUGGAACAAAAAUCAACCGUGGAAGAAACUACGUCGAGUACAGGCGGUAAAACAACAAUUUUCUUCGAUGAUGAACCAAUCCAAACAACAUCGACCAAACAUUCGCAAGUUGAAGAAACGAUAACUGCCACUACAGAAUCUGAAGAGCUACUAACAACGGCUAACGAAAUAACAACAACAGAAAACGAAGAAGAAAUCGUUACCGAAGAUGCAGAAUGUACGGGAAGCGUUCAAAUCGUACCAACAACAACCUACAAAACUCUAACGUAUUUAACUACAUUCUUCAUUCCAAACGAAAGCAGUACUUCCACUUCGGUUAGAUCGAAUUUAGUAGUAUCGUCCGAACUAGGUUUACAAACCAAAAGUUGCCAAAUGGGCACCACCACCGAAAGUAUAAUCACUACUGAACAAAACGUAGAAACCACCACGGAAACUGAAACCGAAAAACCCACCACAGAGCAAGAAAUUCUCACCACAACGAAGCAAAUCGAAACCACCACAUCGGAAAUCACCACGGAGGAAUACCACGUGACAGAAUCCGAAGCGGAGACGACUGAAGCCACGACAGAAGACGGCGACGAGUUGGAAAUAAUUUACAAAACCUUAUACACCACUUACACUUACCUAACAACCUAUUUCCAAGAAUCAUCGACGUCUAUAGCCAGCAGAACAAUCGUUACCACCAACGUAGUAUCCUCGACUUUAGAUCCAAACGCUCAAAGUUCCGUAGAUUCCGUCGAAGGUAUCAUGGACAUGGAAGAAUCUACCAGUAAAUACAAAACUAAAACGGUCACCUUCGACGAUUUCGCUAAUAUUACUCCAACUAGCGUUAAUCCAAUCAAAGCGACCAGCACCGAUUCCUCAACUGAUUGGCUAGAUAGCGAAUCCGGCACGCAAGAUUCCUCCAAAGCUACGCCCGGUUUAGACGACAGCAAAAUCUUAGCCGAAGGAGUAAAAACUUACUACACCACUUACACGUACUUCACGACCAUCUUCGUCGACGGGGAAACCGAAAUAUCCAGCAGGACGGAAGUAUACACGAACUACGUGACUCCUUCUGGUGUACAACAAGAGAUUCUGAAUACUCAAUCGCCGGACGAUAGCGACGACUACGUGGCGAAGAAAAUCAAACUGCUCUCGAAAAUCAAACCAGGAACAACCUACAACACAAUAAACAGGCACAAGCAAGAAGAAGCCGUCACCACUACGGAAAGCAACGAAAUUAACGACACGUUAGAUUUGAGCGAAUACGAGACCAUAUCCACAAUGGUAACAGAUGUACGCAGCUCAACUUCAGAAGGCGACAGAAGAAUCAUCGACAACGUAGGCAAAAGAAACGUACUACUCGACGAUCAAGUGUUUUCCGAAUCUAACAAUGAAUCGGAAAUCACCCCGCACCCAACUCUGCUGUUGCAAACUAGUUACACGACGUUUACUUACUUCACGACAAUGUACCAAGGUACCACAUCCAGUAACGUCGUUAGUCGGUUGGAGACCGUCACCAACGUCGUCACGCAGACUCUAGAACCGAAGGAGAUGAAGGAAGUUUCCUCUACGGAGGAUCCAAAUGCUCCUGUCACGUACUUCACUACUUUUACUUACUGGACGACUCUGUACAAGGAAGGUACUACCAAAAUUACGAGCAGAGAAGAAACAGUUACCAACGUGGAAACUGCUUCCAUUAAAGCCACCAGCACCGUACCGUUUAUCGAGAAAACUGCCGUGCACAAUUUAGAAACUUCUAUGGAAGAGGAUUCUGAGAGUAGCAAACCACAAACUGUAGGAGACGAUGAAUUAACAACUUAUUUCACGACCUACACUUACUACACGACUUCUUACAUAGGCAAUAGUACUGUAUUAAACAGUCGAUUAGAAACAGUAACCAAUGUAAUCAACAACACUGCUGACAUAGACACAAAUUACAUAGGCAGAGCAAUUGGAUCAAACGAUAAAAAUAAAGUUGACAUCACGAGUACUAUCAAACCAACAGGAUUAAUAUCAACGAUUUUAAAUACUAUCGAAAACAACGGUACGACUACGCUACUUUCCACGGACGUUUACGGUACUUACAUAGACGGUUUGUACGCCAAAGUACUAGAAAGCACUUCCAGUAUCCUUACCACCCAAAUAAACGCUUCGAAAAUCCAAGCUUCAGAAACUUUGAAACCUACCGGAGUUGUCAGCAUCAACAAAGGAAAAAUAGUAGACGCCGAAGGCGUCAGUACUCUCUUCUACCAAACGCAAGCUAUCGGAACUUACAUCGAUAACUUAUACGCACAAGUUAUCGAAAGCACGAGUUCCUUGGCUAUCGACGAAGCCAAGAAAUCGGCUCUACCGGCGGAUUUGCCAGUAGUUCACAGAACAGGAUUGGUGAGACACAUCGAAGGUUCUAUCGUGCAAAACAAAACGACCACAUUCUACGAAUCCAAUGUUUUGGGUACUUUCAUAGAUGGGAGAUACGCGCAAGUUAUACAGAGCACAUCCAGUUUUCUGACUGAGGCCGCGGCUAGCAUUACUCCAGCCUCAACUCUGAGUGCCGAUAAAGCUAUACCCAACACUCAAUUAGUCACCACUUCACCAUCUCCUGUCGCUAUAGAAGGUUCCUUUAACGAAAACAAAGACGAAGAAUCCGACGAGAGCGAUGAUGAUGAAGACGAUAACGAUGAUAAAAGUAAGUCCAGGCUUACCUUCCAAUCGAAGAAACGCACAUUUACACCGGCUAUACGACCUUUCGCAUCGCGACAGCGGCCUUCCUUUGCACCGAAACGCAAACAACUAGGCCAAGGCACUGCAGCGACCAUUACCAGAAGCGAUUUCACUCCUACAGUCACCGCCGUUCCAGCUUCGUCUAAAACGAACCGUUUCGGCGGUAGAAGAUCCUCGUCUAGCAUCAACCCCAGCAGCACUAGCCGGCGGUUUUCUCGAACUAAAUCUUCCACAACAUCCGGAUUCAACAGGAGAGGAUCCUCUUCGCGUAUACAACCGUCUUCUACGUUGAAUUCGAGCAGCAGAAGAAGCGGAUUCCGGACCUCCAGCGCGGCGGGCGCUUUGAACAGGUCCAGCAGGCUCAGAAUUCGGCCGACGCUGGCAUCUGGUUUGCUGAGAUCGCCCAGUUCGAAAGCCGUUACCGAAACUCCCCCUGAGGAUGAAAACAAUCUGACCACGUUGGUUACCGAAGAACCCAACGAGGAAGGAGGCGAGACCACGUUGGACGUGCAAGGUACCACUGAAGCAUCAACGAGGCGCAGUCAAAAUCCUUUGCUGAAAUUUAGGAGGCCGCCUUUGACGCGUCCUUCGGCUACGAGGACUACAAAAUCCGGUAAAAGCGCGACAACACCUGCCACUACCACUACAAGUACUACUAGCAGACCUAGAACAACUAGGGCCAACAGUUUAUUGAACAGAUCUAGAUCGAACGCCCUGUUUCCCAGAAGAGGAUUGUUCACUACCACCACUACUGCUGCUCCCGAAGAAGAGGAAAUCGUCGAAGACAACGAGGAUUUAGUAGAAGAAGAAGAAGAUGAUACCGAUUACGAUAGUUCUCUGAGAAACACCCAAACCGUCAAUCCGCCUACUACUACAAGCACUACAGAGAAACCAGUUACUAAAAAUAGAGGUGUUCAAAUCAAACCAUUCUUCAGGAGAAGAUCCAAGCGAGCUACUUACUCGAGAUUCAGGCGACCUACCACUACAACAACGCAAUCCACGAUCGAGGAAGAGACAGAAGAAGUUACCCAUAAACCGAAAAGAAGUAGGUACAAUAAAAACAGGGGCAGUACUACUACCACCACCACCACGACUUCAUCUCCCAGGAAAAGAAUUAUACCCAGUAAGGUAUCUUCUUCAAGCAGGACGCAGUUUACUUUGAGAGACACUGGUUUUAAACGACCCACGAGUAGUAAAAGUAGUACUUCUAGAAGUAGAAGCGCGUCAACGAGAAACACUAACUCGAGAUACUCCAAACGAGUACCAACAAGUUACCAAAGCGAAACAACCAGAAAAACAACUACAAAUAACAGGCAAAGCAGCAGGACUAGCAGCAGAGGCAGGCAAAGACAACAAAGCGAUCCGGAAAACGACAACCAAGUCAAACAAAAAUUCGAUGGUACCAUUACGGUAACGAGACAAAUUCCUACAGAGGUAACCAUACCGGUGGUUAACGGAAAGGUAACUGAAUACAAGAAUAUCGUCACAGCUAAAUACAGCACGGAGGUAUUGAAUCCUAAUCAAUAUACUACAUCAGUAAAUGCUCUUGGUAAAGGCGUCACUAUUUUGCUAAGCGAAAACACCGAUAUAAUUAACGGAGCCACAUUAAUCACCCAAUACGUUUUGAAAGAAACCCCCACGAGUAGCGUUGUAUUCACUCCCACCUACAUUAACAGAAGGAAAACCUCAUUUUCUCACGUUAUACCCAGCACAAUCUACGAAGUCGAGCCGGUAGUGAACACCAUUCAACCGCUAGCUGCACAAGCACCUUUAGCUAACAUCCUGCUAUCUCAGCUACUAUUGGGAGGUAUUCAACAGCAACCUAACCCAGCCUUGUUGGGUCUGCAACAAAUCCACCAACAGCCUGGCUUGGUACCGAUUACUCCUACAACAGAACUCAAAACGAGAACCACCACCUACGUUACAACAGUCACCAGCGAAACUUCCACGAUAGUACCGUUAACGUUCAGAGGCAAAGAAAUUCUCACCACUAUCAUCGAUACUAACGUUAUGGUGGUUACAGCUACAGAAUUUCUCACCGAUACUGUAACAGUUACGCCAACUUUGGGUUAUCAACCGCAACAAUUGAACACUGCUCUGCUUUUGCCGCUGCUGCAGCAGCAAUUGCAACAACAGCAGGCUCAACAAAUACCCGCCGGGUUAUUGAAUUUGAAUUCGAACGAACAUGUUAAUUACCAAGAACCGGAAAAAUUCAAUCUAGCCGAAGUGGAAGAAGAAGAAGUGAUAGAAGAGCAAGUAGUCAAUUCCAGGCAAAGGAAACCCAAGAAGAACAAACCUGUAGAAACUAGUGUAAUAACUUUGUACGUAUCCGGUAGAACACCAGGAGAAUUCACCACUGUCUUAUCCACCGUAGUAGCAGAAAACGCCAAUAGGAACAGAAGAAAUGUAAAAACCGAGUCGAUAUCUACACCUCAACUGAUACUUAAUACGGAGGAGAGCGCGUUUGACAACUCAAUAGCGUUGGAAUCGUCGGAAGUGGUGAAAGAAACGGAAAGCUUAGAGAGCAUUAUCGGAGACGUAUCGAAGCAUUUCGCCGCCACGAAGCAAACUCGAAGCUCCGAUGAUUUUUUAGCGUAAGUGACCUUAGCAGAGUAACCCCCUUAAUGCCAAAGGUCGACCAAACGUUAACACAAGGGGGCCAUUCAAACACUAACACCAGGAGAAAACGGGAAAAUAGAGUAGUCAAAAAAUUAGUUCGCGUGCAGUUAGUUGCCGAUGUAGAAACCACCACUAAAAAAUCGCCCAAACGUAGAAGAUUGAAGAUCAAAAAGAAGAAAAGGAAACUUCAAACGGGCGCGAAAAUUGAAGAUGAUUACACGGAUCAUCACUUAGAACAACCCACGAGACCUCGUAAACGAAUAGUCGUAACGAGGAAACGUCUGAUUCACCCGAACAACACUGAAAUACCGAUAACCAGUACUCGAGUAAAUCCUAAUGACGAUUACAACACGAUUAUUAACGAUUACGAAGACACGUCGCAAGAAAACGAAAUCGACCUGGAUGAAGAUGUCACGGAAUCAUCUCCCCAGGAGCUCGUUACUUUAAAGGAAUCAGAUUUUUACUACCAAUCCGACGAAAAUCCAACCACAACCGAAGAAAUAACCACUACUACAGAACUAGAACAAACCACAACUGAUGAAAUAACCACUACUACAGAACUACAACAUAACACAACUGAUGAAAUAACCACUACUAAAGAACUAGAACAAACCACAACUGAAGAUAUCACCACCACUUCGCAACAAAACGACGAUACACCAAUCAUAAGUGAAACUACAAAUUCAACAACAACCGAAAAAGCUAGAGUUACCACUAGCGGUGAUAACAAUAAAGCCAUAUUCCAAGAAAUACCUGAGUACGAGCCGUACUUCCCAGAACUCACAGAAUCACUAGACGCUCCCGUUAUCCUACUCAAAACCACCGUGAUCACCUCUAUCGAACAUUUGACAAAGACGAUCCUAAACAGCCGACAGAGGACAUACACGUUCGUGGUAACAAGAGUGGCUGGCGAUGAGCAGAUCGUAACAUCGACCACAGAAGUCAGACCGCACACAAAGACGUCUGUUGUUACAGAAACCGUUACCAAACUUACGACUCUGACUCUUUUAGACAUAGACGCUACCAAUACCCUAACCAAUACAAAAUCAUCCAUUAUUCCCGUACUGGAAAAACCUCUUUCCGAAGAUGACCGAAUACGUAACGCGGACGAGGCCAGAAAUCUGGCGACCAGAGUCAUGUCGAAUGGAGUCGAGGUCAUCGUGGCAGGAGAUAAAACAGCACCGGGAGACAAAGACUUCAAACGUCUAUUGACCGCCGGUACCCAACGACCUGUCACUUUGAAAGCCAGCACUUUGACUGAUCACGUGGUCAUGAUGGUACCGCAGGAAUCUACUGAAAUCGAAAGCUUUUCAUCAUUGUACCCCAACCAGUUCAUCACUAAAACUUGCCUAACAACAUUCACAUAUCUAACAACAUUUUUGGAGGGCGGUACGACGACAGUGUCCAGCCACGAGCAGGUGGUGUCCAAUAUAGCGACAGAAGAAAGAAAUACCGGUAAGAUUCUACCAACGCCAGCCGUCGGAGUCGUGCUCACCCAGUAUCCCAAUUUAUCGGUGGGGGUCUUCCAUACGACUUACACGUACUUGAAUACGAUCCUAGAAGGAGACCAACCUUUGGUCGUGUCUUCGAAGCACACCGUAACGAAUACAGUAACAGCUCCUGAUGAUUACCUAGCUUUGGUGAAAAGUUCAGAAACUCUAUCGCCUGUUAAAGAUACCAACACCUACUAUAGUACAAUCGGUCUCGAGAAGACUUUGUACGAAGGUAAUAAAACUUCGGUGACGAGCACCAAGGAAGUUGUAACGCAAGUUGUUAUAACGGAGAGCGUGCCACCUAGAGCUACUUCGGUGAUGACUUCUUAUAUUGCUCUGGAUGUCAAUGAUAAUCCAGACGCUUCCUACGUAACAACUGAUAUUGUUAAAACUUAUUUCGUUACAUACACUUACCACGAUACUGUUACUGUGGAUAACCAGCAGGUGGUACACACGAACACAUCGGUUUCUAGUGAUGUGAUUACGGAGAAGCUGUAUAUCAUACCCAAAACUACCGUGAAUAACUUCCAAAUUUACACCACGAAAUCGUAUCUCACCACAUUUACUUACUUCACCACAUUGUUGCAAGACGAUAACAAGGAAACGCCGACCAUCGUGAAUUCGAGAACGAGCGUUGUUCAAAAUUUAGUAUCGGAAACUGUCGAUUUGAGUUUGUUGGACAAAGCCAAUUUGAAGCAAAUCAAAAACGCCAUUAACAAAGGAGCCAAGUCAGUGGUUAAAACUAUCAGUUUAUACAAUGGCGAAACGUUCGAGAUAACAGCCGUAGCAGACGAAAUGGAAAUAACCCCUACCAAAGUACAACCGAUUGAAAAAACCCAAAUGCCCGACAUCGUGGACUCAUCAGCAUCUAACAUCAUAACAGGAUCCACUAUAGUGUUCGUCGACGACGAUCCUUUCGCUCAGUUACUCACAUCAACACCAGUGUUAAAAUCAACGAAAAUCAACAAACCCAAAAGAUCCACCAAAACCAAAACUAAACCUCAAAGCACCGCCAUCAAACCAUCUAAAACAAAAACCACGAAAACCACCGUCAAGUCUUCCACGCAAUCGCAGGAUUUACUCGGACUGGGCUCCAUCAACAUCAAAGCGAUAGCACCAGUUUUAAACGCCAUGGCCGGUCUAAUAUCAACCAAUCUGAAAGCCAAUAGGAAAAGCGACGUGAACGUCAGCAAAAGCGAUACAGGAGUUGGAAUAGCGGAAGACGUGCAAAGCAGAUCGCCUAUCUACAUACCGGUGAGAGGAAUGGACGACGAUUUCGAAAUAGCGGAGAGCCAGAACAUCGCCACCUUCGAAUGGGUCGAUAAGCAAUCCAAUAACAAAGAGAUCAACCCGCACGAAAUGUCGAUUAUCAGCAAUGGUAUUCCGAUAUCACCGGGUGAAAUCAUCACUACUAACUCCGACGUAAUAGUGGGUAAACCCGGCAGGAUUCUACCGAGGAUACCAUCGAUUCCCCUUCACCAAGUUACCCAAGAGAACGAGAUACCUAUAGGCAUGAAACCGCCGCCUCCGCCGCCUCAACCUAAAAGUAACUACGAUUACAAACGUAUACCGGUGAACGGUAACAGCGAUUACAUCGGGCCGCCUCCUCGGGUACCGCAGAAACCUUUCAAAUCUAACGAAAUCAACGGGAAUUACGCCAAAAACUACAUCCCGAACCACAAUCGUUACAACCAACAGAUCCACGCUCACAAACACGAAGAUAACGUUUACGCACAAAACGUUAAAAAACCGGUCUACGUACAAAAACCGGAACCGGAAGUACCGGAGAAGUACCGACCGGCGGUCUAUCCGAAAAUCGACGAAGCUAAAAUCCUAACGCGCAUCCAAAACGAGCCCAUUGUGCUACCGGAAAUUAUAGAAAGAUCCACGGGACAACCUUUGUUGGUGAACAUCCAGCCCAGCCAGGUGGCCUUCGUGAAUAUCCCCUUCAACAGGACCACAGCCUUGAUUUACGGCGGGUCCACUGAACCGCACAAAAACGGCCAGUACUUCGACGAUCCGUCCCCCUAUCAACACGUCGACAUCAACAAGGUCGCACCGAAAAUAUACCAACCGGAUUUGCCGAACCAGAAGCGGGUGAACGGCGUUAUAAAAGUGGAAAAUCAACUAAUCGAGCACCGCGAUGUUAGUACCGAUAAAGCGCAGGCACCGAACAAUUUGAUUGUAAACAUGGUACCGCCGUCGCCGCCUCCGAUGCCGCUAUCUUACGGCAUGAUCCACCACGGGGCGGAUUUCAACGCGCACGUCAUCAACCACGACGAAAUCCUACCGAGAAAUUUCACCAACAAGUACUACGGUACUUACAAAAAGAACGUUGUUAGACCCAACGUGAAUAUCCCGGAAUAUAUGACGCCGCCGACUAAGCGACCGUACAACUGGAAGACUAAAAGGCCGAUUCCAAUAUCGGUACCACCGCAACCUUUCACCACCACUCCCAUCGAUUUCAAGCCGUCUUUUCCCAUUUAUGAGGUGAGGUAUCCAGCGGAAUCCGACGAUUUGGAAACCGAGGACGGCGAAGUCGUGCAGGAAUCCAACGACAGACCGCUCAGACCUGGAGAAGUACCAUACGAGGUAUAUUUAGCGACCUCCACCAGCACGCAACGAACCGUAGAACACAUACGGGUACAGUCCAAUACGGAAUCCACGACGAACAAACCAACUGAAAACUACAACAGCUUCGCCAUCGGCAGCCACGAAGUAGUACCUGUUAACGACGUUAACAACGUGAAGCCGGUACUGAUAUUCAUAGACGAGAAACAGCAAUCGAAAGAUACAUUCUUCAACAAGCAAAUUAAAGAGAGACCGAGCGUAACUUCGUUGCCGAUUAAUUCGUUCAAAGAGAAAACUUCCAGCGAACGUCCAUCGAUAGGUACCACCAGUAAAGAGCGCGUGUAUACCCAUGUGCAUUUCAACAACGAUAGACCGGCUGUAACUUCAUUGCCUAUCAACAAACGCAAAGAGUUUAACAACAGAGAUCGACCGGCGGUGACGUCUGUAGCCAUUAACAAAGACGUACUGUUCGGCGGUAAGUACGGCGGUACCCAAACCGAGAAACCCUUCUCCGGAGUUCCAUCGAAAACAAUUUCAUCCAACGAAAUUAUCCGCAAGGAUAUCGCCCUUCCUAAACCCACGACGACUACGAGCGAACGACCGGAACGACCCGUCGAUAUGAACUUGAAUACUGGGGAAGUACCGGUGCCGGUAAUUUCUGACAUGGAGGUAAUGAAACCACCGACCGUUGAAAGUACUGCAGCGACUCCUACUACAGUGAAAUUACCUCCUAAGAAGAACGUUAUUGUGAAGAUACCACCGACUAAACCUCCUUCUAAUGAGAAGAAAGAAAAUGUUUUUGGUAUGGUACCGCCUACUAUUAAAGUACCUUCGAAGAAAAAGGAAGAAAAUGUUGUCGGUAUGUUACCGCCUCCUAAUAAACAGGAUAACGUUAUUGGUAUGGUACCGCCUCCACCUGCGUCGUCCACUCCAAACUAUUCCACUGAAAAAUCCACGACUAAACUAAGAACUAGAAGACCGUACACGCGUCGAUCUACAACUCACAAACCCAGUACUACCACCCCCAAGAAAGUAAUCACUCCUUCUCCUUCCUUAAAAAUAAAGCCUUCUCUGGAAGUGAUCAUCGGACAAAAAGAGGAAAAAUUCGAAACCAGUACCGUAAAGUCCUCUUCUCACCAACCACCCGUUACAAAACCCGAACCUAAAAUCGAAUUGUCCAGCAGUGAAGUUUUACUGCAUCACGCAGGUAACGAAAUCAAAGCGGUACCUGAAGCUACUAAACCUCUACCAAACAGGAUAAGAACUGUUUUCGACGAAAGCAGGAGCAAAAUCCAAAUACCAACCAGGUAUAUAACGCACACUAAAACAGCGACUGUCACCAUAACGAAAACCACCGUGGUGAAAUCGAUGGGAAUGACUCCAUCUACUUUAACUAUUUUAGUCACCAAAACCGAAAUGAGUACAAUAGUAGAAACAGUUACAGAAAUCCACACUUUAGUCAAACCUACUAGUAUUUACGAAACGAUUACUACAACUGUAAAACAAGAAAAUUCGAUGCACCCUAACCCGGUGCUACACAAUACUCAAUAUCCCCCGCUGGUCAUAAGACCGGCCGUUUACAAUUAUACCGAAGCCUUCGUGGACUCGUCACAAGUUUACGACGACGAAGAUUUCAUCAUACGCGAAACAGAUCCGCCCAUCAUCGAGAGCGAGCGCAACAAAAACCCGGAUCCGCUGGAAGACAACGACACCAUUUUGGUAGUCAUGACCGACAAGAACACCAAGAACUUGGUGAAAGUACCGGAGGUAUACGAAACGCAAGAUCGCGACGAAAUCGUCACCACCAAGGAGAACAACAUUCUACUGGGCGGCGUCUUGAUAGCGAACCACCCGGAGAACGAGGUCACCGACAGGUGCGAACCGGAGUGUAAAGCUUCGAGGAACGAGCUGUGCCAGAAAAUCGACGGGAUUUUACGGUGCAUCUGCAGGCCAGGCUUCGCUAGGAUGUUCCCCGAUAGACCUUGUUUACGUGAGACAAUACACCAACACCACAUUUACACAUACCUAACUUUGUACCAACUUACAGCUACUUACACGUACGACUUGGAGCUAACUUUAGACAGGAUAGGCAGAGACCGCCUGCAUUUCUACGACGACUUGAAGAACCCCAACUCCACCGAGCACUACAAAUUCACCCAAGCCACCGGCGAAGCCAUCGACAGAAUGGUGAUGCAAUCCGACCUGCGGGACGCCUACCACGGCGUCAAAGUCUACGGUUUCGAGCCGGGCGCGGCCGGAAUCAUCAGCAAAUCCUACUUGCAGCUAUCCGAGAACAUGGAGGAGAAACGCCUGGAGGACAUCCUCAAAAACUACCUCUCCAACAACAGCCUCAGCCUCGGCGGCACCGACAUCUACUCGUCGCCUUUGAUGGACCUGAAAGUCAAAGACUUCGACGAGUGCACGCGCUCCCACCUGCACGAUUGCUCGGAGAACGCGCGCUGCUUCAAUCUGAAGGGCACGUACUCCUGCAGCUGCAAGGAGGGCUACGCCGACGUGUCCGAGAACAUGCUCUAUCCCGGCAGGAUCUGCUCGGCGGAGAUGGUCGGCUGCGAGAGGUGCAACUACCACGGUACCUGCUACUCCAGGGGAUCCGAGGAGGUGCUGUGCGAGUGCUUCCAAUGGUACACCGGCCAAUUUUGCCACAUUAAUCUCAAAGUUCUCCUAAUAGCUUUAGUGACUGUAGGAACAUUGUUGUUUGGUUUACUGCUAACUUGCAUAAUCCUAACGUGCAUGAAAGGCAAACCUAGGAGUUCAGGUGUAGCAGGUGGUAUUAAUUUCCUACCUCAAGGCAACGGUGGAAGAAGCGCUCUGGAUAGAAGAGCUAUGAUCCAAGACACCAGCUCAGAAGACGACAACAAAUCAGAAACUUCGCGUUACGUUAAGAAACCCAAGAACCCCCCUAAGAAGACGUCCAAAGUAUCCCUGCAAGUAUCGGACAGAAACGACGCCUUGCCAACCGUAUCCUACGAGGAUCAGAAGGACCGCUCGCUCACUGUAAUGAUACCGAGAGCCAAAUACCACCCGGCGCCGCCCACCUCGCCUCUGAGCAACUACACCAGCUUCGACGUCCGCAAACCCUCCAUGCCGAUCGUCUCCAACGAAACCAAGCUGCUGAGCCUCUUGGACGCCGGCCCGUCGCCCAGCAAGUCGGAGGCGCCGAGGAAGUUCAGCAACGCCCGCAGCGAGUCCAUACCGGACAAGUCGAGCUCGAGGAAGACCUCGGGCGCUCUGAUAUCGGCGGGAUUCGAGGUGUCCGCCACCGUGGGCCACACGGGCACCUUGGGCACCACCUGCGGCACCGAAGCGGACAGGAGCGAGAACGCCACGCUGAUACAGAAGAUCAGCGCGGAUCUGCUGUCGAGCACGGGCACCAGGUCGCAGUUCAACACGUUGAGGAAAUCCCUGGGGGAUGACGAUUUGGGUAGCGAUAUCAACGCGAGCGAUUCCAAUUGGUUGGAUAUGUUACCCAGAGUGAUGACUGUAUCUGAGGCUAGAUCUUGUGACGAAACGACCAUUCCACCGCCUAUGAAGUCUCUUCGGGCGGAUUUCGAUUCGAAGCACUCUUCUCAUCACAACGAUGAGGCGAAUACAAUGGCAGAGAGGGAUUUGGGUUCGACGUUUUUGCUACCCCAUACGCACCUGUACAAGCCAGAUAGGGGAAGCGAUAUAUCCGGAUUCGAGUCGCUUUAGCGGAGCUAAAUCACGAUGUUGUUCUAAAUGUGCCUUAAAAGAGUGUUUUGUGCCUAUACCUGUGGUAUUUUUAUUUAUUUAUGAGGACAAUAUAAGAAUUUCUACGUUUUUAACUAAUCAAAUGGAUGCGUGUGUGAAAUUUUAUUCGAAUUAUUCAUGCGAAUAAAAUGCCGUGUAAAUAAGUGUGUGAUUGAGAGAUUUUUUUUAGAUAUUUAUAAUAUUCUGGUCCUAAUGUUAGUGUAUUCAGGCAAACUAAGCAAAGUGCCAAAAAAAGACUAACUCGAUUUGUUUUGUAUAUGUCAUCGUAUUUUUAUUUUGUAAAAUAACUUUAUUAAAGGAAACUGUUAUUGAAAUUAAAAAUAUUUUUUUUGUAACAAUUUAUUCGAAGAAUAAAGAAUUUAAUGUUCGGGGGAGUUUGAAUGUACUCGUCACGCAAAUUGUCAAAAAAGCAACUUUUCAAUUUUAUUAAUUCCCAAUUCAAAAUACAUCGGCUGUAGUGUAUUAAAGGCAUUUUUUAUUACAAUAUUGUAGGUAUGUAUGUAGGUAUGAUAUAUUUACAGAUAAUCAAAUGUUAAUUUUCAGGCGAGAGUCAGAAGGUAUUUGUCACGAAAACUUUCGAAAUUUAGCAACAAAAAAAAUCGCAGCGAAUAGGCCGAAAUACCUUCAACUCGUCUCCAAAAAUCCACGUUAUCGAUAAGCACCUUUUAAUCAAAUAAUAUAAUUUUUAAAAAACACGACAAAUCAAUAACUCGUCUUUUUAAUAACUAACGUUACGAGAGCCGCCACACAACUAAAAAUACACACAGCGCUCGAUAUAAUUCAACAAGAACAAAGCACAACUGAGCAAAAUUAGAAGAUAAAAACAACGUAACAAUUUGCCAACAACUUUCUUUAAAACGAUUCCGAGUUGAUGGUUGCUCGUCUUCGAGAAAUUUUCAUUAAAUUAGAGUUAACUCUUAUACAGGGUGUUAAUUAAUCGAGUGUACAAUACUUCAGGAUUUUAAGAAGAAAAGUUUAUAUCAAUAAGCUUUUCUAUCAUAAUUUUCUUAUUACUCCAGAUAUUUUUAUGAAAUUUUGUACACACUUUUUAAUUAUUAAUGAGCAUUUUUAAGGCAAAAGAUUUUUUUUAAUUUAUCAGCGACGUCCGUACGGGUUUUGAACUGAAUUUAGUUGAAGAAAAAAAUGGAUCGCAACUGCUUUUUCUAAAAACCAAAAUUAUUUUUAAAAUCCUCAUUUAUUUUGAAGCAAAUUUGGUUGGAAGACCUAUUUUCGUACGACGCACCAUUUUUGCUAAAAAAAUAAAAACCAAAACCAUUUUUUUCCAAGUUCAUUGCUUUUGAUCUAUUGUUGAAAUUUGUUAGGCGCCCACUAUGCAUGGAAAUACUUUUUUUAGGGAACAAAAAUUAAUUUUCUACUAUUACCAGUAACGUCCAAGUCCGAAAUUUCAUAAAAAUAUCUGGAGUAAUUAUAAAAUUACGAUAGAAAAGUUUUUUUUGUAAAACUGUAAGACCCUGUAGUUUGAAAACUAAGAGGUUUAGGACAUAUAUUGAUUUAAACUUUUCUUCUUAAAAUCAUCCAAAUAUUCACAUAGUGAAGUAUCGGCACUCAAUUAAUUAACACCCU